CCGUCACAUCAUGGCGACGCGGAUCGUACAGGAGGCGAGCAGGCUGGAUCUGAGAGGCAAGGACGGAGAGUUUGGAAGUGAAACCAUGGAAACUCAGGAGAUUUGCAGACUGGAUGUGGCUGCCAGAAGUUUGUUGGUGAGUGGGUCCUGCACCAACUCUGAGCCGGUCCUGCAGCCGAUGGACAGUACCGCCAACUUAAUUGGGAAUAGGUGCAACCUGCACCAGGCUUGCUACACUGGAAACAACGGGCUGCGGUCUGCCGUGCCCACCUGCGUCACGCUGGAAACAAGAGGGGAGAUACCUGGCAGCGAAGAGCUGCGAAUGGACCCGGCUGGGGGAGAGCAGCACCUGGUUCUGGAUAAGAUCAAGGAAAAGGCUCUAGGGAAGGAGGUGAUGUUGCUGAUGCAAGCAUUGAACACGCUUAGCACUCCGGAGGAGAAAUUAGCAGCCUUGUGCAAGAAGUAUGCAGACUUGUUGGAAGAGAACAGAAGUGUCCAGAAGCAAAUAAAACUACUUCAGAAGAAUCAGACGCAGGUGGCGAAGGAGAAGGUUCACUUGCAGAGUGAACACAGCAAGGCUAUUUUGGCUCGAAGUAAACUGGAGAGUCUUUGUCGCGAACUUCAGCGCCAUAACAAGACAUUAAAGGAGGAGAACCUGCAGCGAGCUCGCGAAGAGGAAGAGCGGCGCAAGGAAGUGACGGCACAUUUUCAGAUGACCCUCAAUGAAAUUCAGGCCCAGAUGGAGCAGCAUAACCUGCACAACACAAAGCUGCGACAAGAGAACAUUGAACUUGCUGAGCAGCUGAAGAAGCUCAUCGAACAGUACGAGCUGCGCGAAGAGCACAUCGACAAGGUGUUCAAGCACAAGGAAUUACAACAACAACUGGUUGACGCCAAACUACAGCGAACAACAGAGAUUAUGAAAGAGGUGGAUGAGGAACAUCACAGGGAGUUGGAGAUUCUGCUAAAAGAAGCCACUGAAUUGAGGCACACAUGUGAAUUCAUGAAGCGACAGGAGGGACAUCUGAAGCAACAGCUUUCACUCUAUAUGGAUAAGUUUGAAGAAUUUCAGACGACACUGGCAAAGAGCAAUGAGGUCUUCACGACAUUCAGGCAGGAAAUGGAAAAGAUGACCAAGAAAAUCAAGAAACUGGAAAAAGAAACCACAGUGUGGCGCACUAAAUGGGAGAACAAUAACAAAGCACUCUUACAGAUGGCCGAGGAGAAAACCCUUCGAGACAAGGAAUAUAAAGGUCUUCAAGUGAAACUGGAGCGGCUGGAAAAGCUUUGCAGAGCUUUGCAAACGGAGAGAAAUGAUCUGAAUAAAAGAGUGGAGGUUCUUCAGUGUCAGCUUUCAGGAAGCGAUGGGACCUUGAAUCUGACAGAAGAGGAAUACCAGGCUUGCAACUCACCAGAUUCCUCAGAAAUGGCUGAAGUGAACACAAUCAUUCAGGAAGGAGAAGGAAACCAGUCUUGUGUUCCAGCUAUUUUAGAUCAAAAGUGUUCAACUGGAGAUCUAGAAAAUGCUGUGAUAGCUUCAGGCAUUGAUUCUGUUGACUAAAGUUAUCUGCUUUAAAAAGAAAUUAUGUGGAGUUAUAUAUUUUUGUGUAAUUAUUGUUUGACUUGUUCUUGGUACUUAUUGGCUUUGUGGUGAGAAUUUCUUACACAUUUUUCUACCAUAUCUGUAUUUUCUUAGGGGAUAAAAGGAAUUUAUGUGGUUCUGGUAGCUGUAUGGUGGGUCAAGUUUAGUCUCCUUUAUAAAUAUUCAUAAUGCUUCAUUUUUUAAUGUUUUUUUUGGCAUUGACAUCCACCUGGAUACUUUCAAUACUUGUUCUGAGAUGUGAACAUUUUCAUGUAAUUUAACUAACAUAUGAGUUUUUUUUAAUGCAAAGUGAUAUUCCAACAGUGUUAACUUCAAUCGGGUUUAUUUGGGAUGAGCUUCCACAGUUUAGAUUGUUUCCUGAUGCUAUAUCUUUCAACUCCAGACCUCCGAUAAAAAGCAACGCUGUUGCUUGGUUGAAACUCCGAGAGGAUGUAGGACCAGUUAAAGCAUGAAAGAAGUAAGAGUUGGGCAUAGGUAUAAUGUAUCACUUCAGAUGGGCAUAAAUUGAUAGGAAACAAGUUGAGAGUUUGAAAUAUUCUGCAGAGUUGCAGGUUUUUCCAUAUCUUUAGUUCAUUGAGCCUUUUGCAGAUUUGUACCACUUGUUGAAUUCCACUGUCCAAUAUCCAUUAAUUGUCCUACUUAAUUACACCCUGAAUCUGUGAGGAACUGUGAGUGCCAUUCAUUCUACUUUUCUCUUUUCUGCAGUAAAGUAGUACAAAGCUUACAGGGAUUUUGACUCUCGAUUAUUAGUGUUGGGAUCAAGUUAUUCUUGCAGUUUUUGUUAAUUUGAGAGAAGACUGACCCUGAUUUGCAUUUUAGCAACUUUUAAAAUUUGAUCUUUGUAACCUAUUUCAUCAAGCCAUUUCUAUUUUUGAGAAUAAUGGGGAAAACUUUCCUCUAGAAUAUUUAAUGUAGCCAUGGCACCUCAGGAUUUGAACCUAGACCAAAGCUAAGGGUCAUCUUGUUUCAAGCUGUGAGCAUAGGUUUUGGCAUUUUUCAAUGAUGUUGAUGCUGGACACAGGUAUAUGGUGCACAGGAGUCAUGGGUUAGACUAUCCCCCUCAUUUGGAUCCGAAUGCCUGUUUUAGCUUCCCGAGGGUAUCAAAAGUAAAUUGUUAUCCCAGUUCUAGUGUGAGUUUGGUAUGAAAUGUUGACGUCUCUGGCAGAGUGGUAGAACAGAAUUUGAAUAUAAAUCUUUUAGAUACAAACUCAGGAUUGUGGGCAGGUUGAUAAGGUGGCUGAACUGAGCCUCAGUCUGGAAAGGCAAAUAACUGGUCUUUUAGCUUUUAAUAUACAUAAUUAUUUAUAACCUGUCCUCUGUUAUCUGAUCUAAGUAAUCAUAAGCUGCCCAAGGAUAUAAUUUUCAUUCAAGGAAUGAGCAGUUAUUAUGUAUUGUACUGCUCUUUUCUGAAUUCUCUUUCUGUCUUGCUGUUCAUUGAUUUAUCUCAGACUCGUAUUUGGUUUAGUAGUCCAUAACAUGGGACAUGGAUUUCUGUUCUUGCACUGUGAAAGAUCAGAUGGCUUUGGGCAACCAGUAUUUCUGCUCACGCAAUGUGCAUUUAAUUUGGAUGAGGAAUGAAAGACUGAAGGGUACGUUUUUCCAAAUUGGAUGUAUUUCUGGACAUAGUUUAAGAAUAGUUUUAUUUGCCCAUGCUGUUUCAUGUUUAUAGGUCUGAUCAACCUUGCUUCGGUAGAGGCUUUUCCUUCCUUACUUGAGCUUUGCUUAUGAUCUAAUGCAGCACUGCAGAAUCUGAAGCGCGUCUCUUUCUCUUCUGACAAAUUGGACUCUCCAGCAGCUGUAGUUCUUGUCUACCCGUGAAAUGUAUAUGAGCCUAUUUUAAUCAACACUAUCACAUCAUUAUAAAGAUCAUACAAAUCACAGAUGUUCUGGAAAUGGAGGCAGUGAAGAAUUUCUAACUAGGGAAGAAGUUUAUUCACUAAGGAACCAACACAAUUUUUAGUAGAUAUAGCACAGGAAGUUUCUUGUGAGUUGAUAUUUGGUGCAUCUUUCAUGUGAUGCUUUCUGGAAGUCCUUUUCCUUUUAGUAGAUCUCUCUUGGCUUUGGUGCUCAAUGAAAUGCGGUCACAAGUGACCGUGACUUUACAAGGCCUAGUAUUCCAUUUGGGAGGUAACUUGCGUAUUGUGUGCUUAAUGCUUACUUGUUUCCUUUUAAGGUGACCCUCAUUUUAUGUAAUCUGAAAUAUUUCACUUGAUUCUUGGGACACUUGCACUCUUUUUUCCCUCAUCCGACACCACAUCCUGAAGGAUGUUAUGAACCUACAGCUCUGUUGCGAAAGCUCUUCUUCAAAUAGAGCUUUACUUUAACCUCCAUACUAUUUGAAUUUAAACUGCAUUUGUGACCAGUAGAUCCAGAAAGGACUGUGUCCAGAUACCAAGGCCCCAAAUUAAUAACAAUCUUUAUGGCCAUCACUUUAAAUUGAGGCACAACCAUUUGUCCUCAGUUGCUGGAACACAGCAUGUGUUGCUUGGUGGCUGUGGAUAGUGCAAGUGAAUCAAGGCGAUUCCUGCAAUUAAUCUAGUGGUGCACAUAAAGAUGUUAUAUUUUGGAGCAAACUGAGCGGUACUUGCAGCCUGCAUCCACACUUGAGCACCAAGCAUAUAAGAUCUGGAUCACCUUUACAUACAGGAUAUUGUGGGAUCUUGCACAUGCAGGUGGCUAAAGAGCUUGGAUUACAUUGGGUGAUGGACUGCAGGGGAAUUAAGCCAUUGCUAACCCUUAUCCGGUUCAUUCUUACCUGUACCUUGUACCGUACGACCAUUUCCUGUAUUCUAGCACCAUAACACCCUGAUGUCAGAUUGGAAGAUGCCAGUGUAUGGCCAACAAAAGUGUAGUAUAUCCAUUUCAAACUGUCGAAACCAGUGAAACUUAUCUGGACUUCCACUGGUUGUGAUGUAAUCUCAAUCAGAUAAAUGUUACUUGCAAGCCCAUAUUAAAUUAGAUUUUAUUAAAUCUAGUUCAUAAACAAGAUCCCUUGUUUGAAUGAAAUUAGCGCCUUAAUUUAACUUUUCCGCACUAUACAAUUCAAAAAGUGACCCAUUUAUAUCAGGGAUCAUUUUUAUAUAGAGAUUAAUCAACCUAAUAUAUUUUAUUGAAAGUACAAAUUUGUGCAAUCUAUUCCCUCAGAUGGAUAGUUUCACCUCAUUUUCUAAUCAAUGCAUAAUAUUUGCACUUGUCCAGCAAAAUUACUGCCUACUUUAUAUAAAGUGAAAUUGUACAGGGGUGAAGCAGCUACUCACUACGUGAAUGAUACCAAUUCACGAGGUCGGUGAUGCAGUUCCUCGGCCAUUAAAGUGCUGGUUAAGAGAAUAUUGUAAGACUACAUUGUGCUGCUGUACCAUUGAGUAUUGACUACACACUCAUUGGUGACAUGUGUUUUUAUCUAGCAAAAUUGUCAUUCAUCUCAGCUUCAAGGAGGCAAUAUUGCCUAUUAGGUUAGGGAACACGUAAAAUCCUCUUCCUGUGAUUAACAUUUCCUUUUUUUUCCAAUCAAUUUUAAAGUAUAUACCUAAUGCAGUAUGGGACAAUAAAAUCCCGCUAGUCAACAUUAUCAAUCAAUCAAUCAAUCAAGAUGCGUGUGAUUUCCCUGAGUAAUACUUGAGUGAUUCCAAAUAUGCUUUUGUUGCGUCAGAAGCUACAUUUCAACUGAUCCCAAGACUUUGUGUCAUUCCUUUUGUCUAUGGCUGAAGUUUUGUUAGCAUUUAAACUGCCUUGUUAAAGAUUAUUUGAACAGUUACUUGCUGCCAUCUUUAUGCUUAUUUACAUAAUCAGUGUUUUGGUCUGAAGUGUGCUAAAUAAUUUUAUAUUUAGGGCAUGUUUAAAGUUUAGAUUUGAAAUAUCUUGUGACAACCACCCAAUCUAUGGAGAGUCCCAAUACAUUAACAAUGCACAAACAGACUAUAUCUCAAAGCAGUGUUUUUUUAAUUUAAAUUGAUUUUGCCAAGUCCAUGUAGUCACAACUUUGAGGAGUGGGGAAGGGAGGCUAAAAUGAGGUAUCUGUACAUCUACAUUUCCUUCCUCUAAGGGUGAGAUGUAAUAAGUGGCUUUGUUUUCAUAAAGGUGAUGGGCAUGACUUGCUGCAGUUUAGUAAAUAUUGGUGAUGUUGAAAAUGGCAAAUCUGUUCCCCUACACUCCUUUGUGGAUUUUUUCCAUUGAGUUGAUGAGGUGGGGUGGGGCAAUACUGGGCUAAAAGAUCAGGGGAGGACCUGGGUGAGAGAUGGUGAAAAGGAAUAAGGUUUUUCAUCCCAUGUAGAAUUUGGCAACAUAUGUACGUGGAUAUUGAGGUAAAGUAGAACGUUAUCCUCUCCAUGAUCUUGCACAUGCACAAUAAUCACGGGGGCAACGUGUUACAAGAGUAGAUUUAUCUUCAUACAACUGUCUUAAAUUGAGGCAUCAAACAGAUGAGGAAAAUGACAGAGAUGUGUGUUAAUCCGCACAGGUCCACCAUCGAUUUUCCCCUACAACUGGUGAACCAGCAUCGCCUUUAAUCUGUACAAAAUUACAAGAGCGCACUUUCCUCCCCCCGGAUGUGCACCUGCAAAUGUGAUGCCUAGGCCAGGUAAGGUGGCGGAUCAGGACUUCCAUGGCCAAUCAGCGGUCGAAUUUGCCCCCUGGGCACUGGAUCUCUGGCCCAGCCGGAGGAUCCGUUUCCUUGGCCAUGUGGGUUGGUAUCUCGGCGGAUCACUCAACCCUUCUGAGGUAGUGACCCCUAUUGGUCCGGUAAAACGGAUAAUUCAGAAAGGCUCCGGAACCAAGGGUGCUGAAAUAAAAUCUCUGGUGGACCUGUAUAUACCCGCUUUGUAGAGUUUUCCUUCCAAUUCACACUUGAGCAAGUGAGAAACUGGUAUAUUCUGCUUUUCACGUUUACUUUGCACAUGACCGGCUUAACUAACUAAGCUGGUUCUAAACAUCUUAUAAAAAUCAUACUGACCUAGAGGUCAUAUGCUGCAGCCUAUGAAGGUGAGAGGGGAAUUAAGACACAGAUUUCAGUACAGAAAAAAAAUAUUUUUUUUCUCUGGCCCUCACAUGAACAGGCAAAUUAGUAAAAUUGGCACCCCUUUUGAAAUGUUUUAUAUAUUGGUCUUUACCUAAAUGUGUGGAACCAAAAAUUUAAUCCCUAACCCCAAUUUACAGAUGCUGUCCUGUAAUUUAUUGUAAUUAAGAUUCAGACAACUUGAGUCUCCACUAGGAAUGUUAUAUUUUGCAUAUGUUGGUGCAAAAUAUAAAAGGAAUAUUUGGUACAUAGCACAUCUUCCUAACACUGCCUGUUUGGAAUCGGCUCACUGUCUGUUGAUUAUUGUUUUGCUGAGGCAAGUAAGUAAUGAUGGUGCACUUACACUUAAAUGAAAUGCUGAAAAUACUAAAUAGGUGAGGCUACAUCUAUGGGAAGGCAGAGUGGAGAAAUGGGCAAUGUUUCUCUUCCCACAGGUGCAGCUUGACUUGCUGAUUUUGUUUUUUUAUUUUAGUUCCAGCAUUUGCAGUUUUUGAUUUUCGUGCAUUUACAUUUAGCUUGCAUUGCUGUGAUUGAAACCUCAGGUGAUGAGAACAAAAAAAAAACUACCUCUGAAGAUUGUAGCAGAGAAUUACUGUGAAACAAUGUGAGGCAGAAAUAGUCAAUGCUUAAAUCUGUUUUUAUUCGGGGUUUGGGCAAGUCUUUGAGUGGGUGAACAGCAUGCUCCUUUCAAAUUUUCACACAUUUUGUAGAAUUCCUGAAAUGUGAAUCUAAAAUGUUAUUGCCUAAGGAGAUGUAAAGAGCAAAAUCAACAAAUACAACUAUGGAUAAUAA